AUGUCCUGCUGCGAGCAGUGCCAGUCAUGCCAGCCCUGCAGCCCAACCCCACUGGCCAACAGCUGCAAUGAGCCCUGUGUCAGGCAGUGCCAGGACUCCACCAUCAUCAUCGAGCCCUAUUCUGUGGUAGUGACCCUGCCCGGCCCCAUCCUCACCUCCUUCCCACAGAACACCAUUGUGGGCUCCUCCACCUCCGCUGCUGCUGGCAGCAUCCUCAGUUGUGAAGGAGUGCCCAUCAACUCUGGAGGCUUUGACCUCUCCUGCAUCACCAGCUGCUACUGUGGCAACAGAUGUCGGCCCUGCUAA